AUGGAGAAAGCCUCUGAGCCAAUGUCGCCGAACAACCAUCCGAAUUACCUGGCGCUUCCUUACUACGGCGAUCUUGUCUCUUUGGUCUUGGUCUGCCCCAGGUUCAAUGAGAUUGCUACCAAAACCCUUUAUUCUUGCAUAUGCCUAUACGCCGAUGAAUAUCGGGAUGAUGGUGGCAACAACCGGCUUUCUACUUCCACACGAGCCGUACGUCUGCAUGAGACAUUGCGAGAAAACAUACAACUUCGCCGUUAUUGUACUUGUUUCAUAUUAGUCAACAAUCGAAAUAGCCAACAAGGCGGCCCUGUGGAAUCCCUCAACCUUCCCAUAGACCAACCCUGGGACCCUGCGCCGCCGCAUCAGUUGUCUACUCCCUGGGCAAAAGCGUUUGCUUCGAUUGUCCUGGAUUGCACCAAGUGGCUUUUCAACACUAGAAUCUUGGUCAUAUCUGGCCAUGCACAUGGCACAUAUCUCCCCGAGCUUGGGGAUAUUACUUACCGUGUACUGUCCUGUGCAAAAAUAAGCAUGCCACGGUUGGAACGCAUUGAGAUCUUGAAGGGCAUAUCAUACCAUCGCGAUGCUCUGACUCUAUACGAUAUUCAACUGGGGUUGAGUGGCGGCUGCUCAAGCCUCAAGCAUUUGAUUAUUCGGCGGCGUGUGCGUAACUCCUCGCGCCUACAUAGAAGCAAUGCUCUCUUACCUAGGAGCCUGCGCAAUUUUAACACACGUUCUGUGUUCUCUCUUUCCAGUUUCGCUCUCAUUAACUCAUCUGAUCAUCCCAACGCAGUGAGGGAUUUUGUGACCUGGCUGAAAGGCCUAGAGCACUUCACUCUGCGAUGGGAGCACGAAUUUAGGCUUGAAGGUAGAAAAGACCCCCAGUGGAGUCUAAACUUGGUUGGAGAUAUCCUCAAACCUCAUCGAGACUCCAUCAAAUCCAUCAAACUCGGCAAAAUGUCCCAACCCGGUCUAGGCGACUUCGAUGCCUCAAACUUUCCCAAUCUCGAGACUUUAACUAUGCAUCACGAGGAUCUUAGAGGCAUUUAUAUCUCGAACUGCCUGCAGCUUCAAGCGGCGAAGUUGCACGACGUGGUCAUCACGACGGAUGAUAUCGAGGAAGAAAUGUUUUACAAUGCUUGA